AUGGUGCUGACAGAGAUGGUACCUCACGUUAAGCUGAAAGCUGAUGUGGUCCCGAAGACGGCAGAGGGUUUGGCUGCGCUGGCCUCCGUGCGGCGCGUUCGCCACGUGCUGCUGAAAGGGGGACUUACUGCCUCACUGUCUGCUUUUCUCUCACAGCUGAAAGCUGAUGUGGUCCCGAAGACGGCAGAAAACUUCAGAGCUCUUUGUACUGGUGAGAAAGGUUUUGGGUAUAAAGGAUCCACAUUUCACAGAGUGAUUCCUUCAUUUAUGUGCCAGGGUGGUGACUUUACAAACCAUAAUGGGACAGGUGGAAAAUCCAUUUAUGGCAGCAGGUUUCAAGAUGAAAAUUUCAUACUGAAGCAUGUAGGACCUGGUGUCCUUUCAAUGGCCAAUGCAGGACCCAAUACCAAUGGAUCUCAGUUCUUCAUCUGCACUGCAAAAACUGACUGGCUAGAUGGAAAACAUGUUGUUUUUGGGCAUGUAAAGGAAGGAAUGGAUGUUGUGAAGAAAAUUGAGAGCUUUGGCUCAAGAAGUGGGAAGACCUCCAAAAAGAUCGUCAUUACUGACUGUGGCCAGCUGUCAUAACCUGCUACCUACUACUCAGGACAACUUAAAUACUGUGAA